UUACGACAUGUCUUAGCCCUGAAUUACACGCUACGUAGUAGAGGAGACGUAGGUUGAUUUAAACUCUGCGACUCGAGUUGUAGGUGUUGCAGGCAAGUCGCAUACAACUAAAUCAUGCUGUCUAAAUCAGACUUUAUACAUCCCUCGAUUGAUUGUUUCAUUUGCCCUGUAUUUGAUUCUAAUUGGUUCGUUUACGCGGUAUUAUAGUUAUCUGAUUGGUCAGUUUGCACCAGAAUAGAACAUUACAUUACAGGUUAGACAUUCGCCACCAGCAAGUGGCGUCUAGAAAUCAAUAAUUCAUUAACUUUUGCACCUGUUAAAAUCGGUCGAUUCCCUUAACUCUACUUGUAGGGGAUAGGAAUAUACCAAACAAUUGAUAAACGAGCUGCGUCGGCUUAAUCAAGGCAACAGCAGCUGCGCCCCAAUGUAUUUAUCUAGACAAGUGCCGUGAGUCUAUAAGCCACAAGUGUGCCAGACUUGUAUUUGUCUGUAGUUGCAGGUGGCUGACGGCUCAGACGCAUUUUUUCUCUCUACCAGUUGGCAUUCAGUGCAUGAGGGGAUUUUCGCGCUUAAUUUGCACUGAGCAGAAAUAGGAACAGCGCAAAAACUGAAAACUGUUGCAGACGAAAAAGUGCGCAAAAAAUGUAAGCACGUUAAAAAGCGAGAAAAUAGCCAUGUUUUCAUAAUUUUAUCUGGCAAACUGAAUUUCUGUGUUUGCUGAUUCAUGUUAGCAAGUUUGAGUCAAACCUCUCGGCAUAAGCUAGCACAUAAAUGUGAAAGCGGCAUUGUCACAAGUGUACUUCCGGAGGGCGAACGGAAACCUCAAACAAGAGACAAUUUAUUUAACAGACCAUCCGCUCUAAAUUAUCAGUCACAACCUCAAAGAAACUUCCAAUAAACACACUGCUUUUACACUUUUGAAAUAUUUUUUUGCGUUUUCCGUUAAAAAUCACCAAAGAUUGUUACGAAAUCGACCGGAAGUAAACUGGUGACAAUGAAGGUUAGGAGUAUGGUUAGAAAAAUAUUUUAACCCGACUGUCCUUUCACUUAGGUCAGUUUGUUAGAUUGCACAAGAUGGCUGUCGUGUCAAAUAUAAUAGCCACCACACAGAGAUAAUUAUGAUAAGUUCAAUUCGCAGCAGGAAAUAGCGCUUGUUCUAAUAGUUUAUUUAACAAGUUAAUUAAGCUCUAUAAAGUAUCAUAAACAAUAGAAAAACCUCCUUCUAGAGGCGUGGUAUGAAAAUAGUGUAACCUGGGAGUAUUGUCCUGCGUUUCAUUAAAGAGUUACGUAUUAACAAAUCAGUCGGGUUUAAAUCGUAUGUUCGGAUUAAUGAGGUAAGAGUCGUCUUAAAUAUGUUGUCUAUCAGUAAUUGUGUGAGACAGUGGUCAGUUUGUGGAGGUCACAGGUGGCAGGUCGGUUAUUUAAAAACUUUGGUUUCUCCACCUGCUAAGACUGAUUUAAGAACGGCUAGAAAUCAGUAGAAAGCUCCCGUUUCAUCUACAAAAAACAAUUGUGCGGAUUCUAUGUAGAAUUACAUGUACUCAUGAUCACGUUUGGUACUUGGGGUGUAUUAACUGACUAUAAGAUAUCAAAACGCAUUCAUCAAACAAUGCAACGCCUAAAUCAUACGCGCCCUUUUGCUCACACCCAAAGCGCACCAAAAAAAAACGAGGUGUCAUUAAAAGCAUACACAAACGAAUACAAUUGAAAUGUAGUCAAAACGCAUGGGCGUUGGAUCUUAGAGGUUUGCACCCAAUUAACCUGAUCCCAUCCGUACUUCGUGAGUAGACGGCAAGUUUGUUGAUGCGUCGAGGUUUGGAUCCCCGCUAGGAAAUCACUUAAAAAGCCAAGAAUGCACUCAAAGACCUGUAGCGUGGGAUCCAUUUAGAAUCACAUUCUUAAGCCGAAGGCUAAAACGUACGUUCCAAUGGUAGGGAAGGAAGCCUCGCAGUUAAGGUAUUGCGGAGUACUCAGUUAAAUACAAUACAGCAAACAUGCUCACGGUUUGGAUAGUGUUAUUAUGGAGUGGAUUGGCGCUUGGUCAGACAAUCCAGAAAAGCAUUCCAGAGUCCAAGCCGAGUGGGUAUGUCAUUCACAGAUUUCCGUCCCCGUCGAGCGGAGAGUACUAUUAUCUGGACAAGGCGUACUAUAUGCAGUCUCUCAAGCCAGCAAACAUUCUAUUCAAGGCGUCAGAUGCCGGAGUUGUAACUUCUGCAAAACCCUUCGAAUACCGUAUCGGGGAGAGUAACACGUUCACGCUGACGAUUGUCAAGAGGCAGAGGGCUCAGGCGUUUGGUGGCACGGCCACCACGCUUCUUGUCACUAUCAAGGACUCGAAUAACUUUUUGCCCACAUUUGGCUCUAGUGUGUAUAACGGGACUGUAAUGGAAGGAUCGAAGGAGGACACCGUUGUGAAGGGCUUGGAGAAUUGCCAUGCAGAAGAUAGGGAUACCGGUGGCAUCAGCUCCUACACUAUCAUCUCAGGGAAUGAGAAAGGCUACUUCAAAACCUCUACCAUAAAUGUAGGGGAAGAAAGGUUUCUACAAAUACUAACCACCGAUCUACCUAUUACACGAGAUGCCACGAACACGAUAAAACUCGUGGUGGAAGCUAGAGACAGCGGCAGCCCGGCAAGGACGGUUACCACGCAGAUCCACAUAAGUGUGGAAAACAGAAACGAGAACACCCCGAAGUUUGAGAAGGAGGAGUACACAGCGAUGGUGAUGGAGGAGACUCAGUUGAACUCGCCUGUUGCUCGCGUCCACGCUAAGGAUACAGACCAAGGCAUGAGCGGCAGUGUGUACUAUUAUCUGAGUCCGCUAUCUAGUUAUUUCACAGUGAACCCUAUCACUGGGGUUGUUAUUUUGGUGGGGACCCUCGACUAUCAAAAGCAAUCGAGCUAUCAAUUAACUGUUAUGGCGACAGAUCGCGGUUCACCAAGGCGCGAGGCUGCCACAAAAGUCAUUUUAACAAUAAAGGACUCGCAAUUCUCCCCGCCGGCCGACUCUGCCGACCCUGGGGCGAAUACUGCGCCGGUUUUUACACGCAAGGCGCUCGCCACAACAGUCCGCGAGGAUCUACCGAAAAAUGGCUUCGUGUUUCUCGCAACGGCCACGGAUAACGACCCGCCUGGGCCGAACCAACGAUUGCGGUAUUCCUUGUCGGGACCAGAAGCCGGGCUCUUCGCCAUAGACCCAGACUCAGCCGUCGUCACGUUAGCAGCUGCGUUAGAUUAUGAAAAAGGGCCAACAGUGAUCAACCUUACAGUGACAGCAACAGACCAAGGCAGUCCUGCCCUCUCGGCCUCCGCUCCGCUUAUCGUGUACAUCAAGGACGUGGACGAGAACCAGAAUUUACCAGUUUUUGACCCAAAAGCGCAGGCAAUAAGCGUCAAAGAAGACACGGCAUUAGGAACCUCGAUAUUCACAGCGAAGGCGACUGACGAGGACAGCGGUCCCGAUGGCGAGCUUGAGUACUCCAUGGUAGCGGGCGAGGGUGUGGGUUACGUUAUACUCAACGAGACCACCGGGGUUGUCACUACUGCGGCCAUGUUUGACAGGAAGACCAACCCUGUCGUGGAAGUCGUUAUAGCGGCGCACGACAAGGGAACCUUCCCACGGACCUCCAAGUUCUACUUGUUGAUUCAAGUAGAGAAGGUGGACGACAUGUACCCGGAGUUUACUCAGCCUGCGUACAGUGCAACAGUCCUGGACGGGUCCCCAGAAAACACCUUUGUUAUCGCAUUGCAUGCAACAGACUACGAGAACACGCAGAUUGAGUACAGACUGGUCAACGUAGGCGUCAAUGACCUCUUCCAGGUGGAACGAAGCACCGGGGUUAUCCGCACUGCCCGAGAACCGGCAAAGACAAGGGGCGACCAGGAGUUUAACCAGCUGAUAAUAGAAGCUUCCGAUAAAACACGUCAAGCAAUUACUCUGGUAAACAUCCUGAUAAAGAGCACCAAGGAGGUCGUUCCGCGAUUCACGACCAGUGCAUUCGAGAUAAAAGUGCCUGAAAACUCAGGUCCUUUUGACAGUCUAGUGUGUCUUGCGGCGACUGACGGAGACCUUGGCAGCAUUACUUACUCCAUCACUGGCGGAGGAAAUGGAAAGUUUGCGGUGGACCAACACUCAGGGAAGUUCUCCGUUUUGCGCUCCUUUGACUAUGAACUUGAGAAUGGGUAUAUCGUACAAGUACAAGCGGAAACACCAAACGCAAAAACCUCAUCCGCGAAUGUCAAGCUAAUAAUAAGCAACAUCGACGACCUACCAAGCUUCGCUAAACCCGAGUACACGCUGACAGUUCCCGAAGGCACGACACCCGGAACGACCAUCCUCGACGGCAGCUCAGGUUUCCAGUUCGUCGAUGACGACACCAACCCUGAGCAGUUCGAGUGCUCUCUAAUGGAAGUGACGUCAAUGUUUGUACUGGAGCACUUCCGGGUAGAGCGCAGCGACAGCGAGUGCCGCCUGACCGUCAUCAAGUCCCUUUUUGAGCAUCACUCCGUCACGCAGUUCACGUUUCUUGUACAAGUGACGAACAAAGCGUUCCCAAAUAUCCAGGCGACAGCUAAGGUGGAUCUUUCAAUUAAAGAUGUGAACAACCAUGCUCCCGAAAUAACACAGGCGAGCUACUGGGCGACCGUCAGCAGCGACACGCCUACGCGGACCCCAAUAGUAACAGUGACGGCCUCAGACCUCGAUAAGGAGGAGGGCAACCAGCAGGUUCUCUUCCAGUUCGUCAGCGAUGCAGACUCAAGCGGUCAAAACAGGUUCCAGAUUGAUUCAAGCACAGGAACUAUCACUAGCACAAACUUGCUGGCAGCGAACAACGAGUAUAAGCUUACCGUCAAAGCCACCGACACAGGUUCACCGCCAAUGGAGAGCCAAGUGUCCGUCACCGUAUCCGUCAUAACACCCAUCACCACGCCAGUCAAAUUCGCUGAAGCCAACUAUGCCAAGACCAUACAAGAAUCUCUAGUCAUUGGUAACAGCGUACUCCAAGUGACCGCCACAGGACCAGCCGCUAUCACUUACUCCAUAGUAGGAGGCAAUAAAAACGACGCGUUCCGUAUCGACCGUACUACAGGUCAAAUAGCAGUUAACAAGCCCCUUGACUACGAGGUACUGCAAAGCUAUGUACUGAAUGUAAGGGCAACAUGCGAGACCUACACACCAAAAAUAGCAGCUGAGGUCGCAGUGGCUAUCACUCUUACGGACGUUAACGACAACUCGCCAGUCUUCCUGCUCUACAACAAUCCCACCACUGUCACAGUAAAUAGCUACACACCGGAACAGACGGUCGUAUUCAAGGCAAGGCGAUUUACGUAUUAUGUGAUAUACGAGAAAGUCCCUCUCCUACCUCCCUCACCAACACCACAACAGAGGGAAUUUCGGAGCAUAGAAGAUCUGUCAGCCCUUGCUGUUGAUGCAGACUCCGAGUCAUUCGGUUCAGUCAGGUAUUCCAUCAACGCAGUUUCCAGCAAUCCCCCCAGCGACCUGCCAUUUUCCUUGGACGCCAGCUCUGGGCAGAUGAAGACCACGAGAGUAAUCAAAUAUAGCGAUCGAGCCGAGUAUACAGUUGCUCUCGUUGCAACCGAUGGAGGAGGAAAGUCUACCACGACUUCUCUGGUCAUUAAGGUCUUCAAUAUCAACGAACCACCAAAGUUUCCCCAACCCAAAUACGAGUUUAGUGUCCCUGAGAACAAGCAAGUCGGCACUGAGAUUGGAGCUAUCACAGCGACUUACGCAGAUCCGAACACACUGCUGAAGUACUCGAUAACACGAGGCAACAUCGACGACACUUUCUGUGUAAACAGCAAAGGCGUGAUCUCGUUAGCAAAAGCCCUGGAUAGUGAGACGAAAGCCUCGUUCACACUGGACGCCAUGGUCAGUCAUGGGACAAGCAACCACACCACAGUCGUACAGAUAACCGUAAAUGACAUCAACGACAAUUGGCCUAUCAUGGAACCCGUCUACAACGUGGAGGUGCGCGAGGACCAGGCUCCAGGUACAGAAUUGGUGAAAGUCGUUGCAACCGAUCUGGACGGCGGUGUAGGCGGUACCAUUACUUACACCAUCAUCCAGACCCAAGAUAUAGGAAGUUCAAGCCUGUUUGCCGUAAACGCAAGCACCGGAGUCAUUACCCUCGUACAAAAGCUAGACGCUGAGGACAUCAACAAACACGUGUUGUACGUCAAAGCGGAGGAUGGAGGCCCAACGCCAAAAUACGCAGCAAUUACCAAAGUUGUAGUAUCGGUGGGUGACGUCAACGACCACGCCCCUCGGUUCUCCUCGUCCCAGUAUCUCGCGUCCGUACCUUAUCAAUUCCCAGUAAACUUUCACGUCUUUCAAGUGACUGCGACUGACGCUGACUCGGGAUCCAACGCAGAACUCACCUACGCCAUAACGGGAGGAAACGAAGACGGGAUCUUUAAAAUCAACUCCGAAAACGGACUGGUGUCACUCGCUAGGCCACUUGCUUCGUCAGCGAAGAUUAAACACAAAUUAUCUUUAAAGGCGACGGACAACGGUGUGCCACGAAGAAUCGGGACGUCAACAAUAAUAGUGUUCGUUAUCUUGGCUGAUCUUCUACCGAAGUUCCCAGUGUCUCCCUUGAUAGUAAACGUGAAAGAGGGUGUUCUUCCGGGUGGCCGCGUCACCACCGUCAAGAUGACGUCGUCGCGCUUGAUGACGUACCGUAUAUUGGAAGGUAAUGAUGAAGGCUACUUCCGUAUGGACUCGCUCUCAGGCGAUCUGCUGGCCCUCAAGGAGUUGGACUACGAGGACGUACGCACCUUUACUAUGCGAAUAAAAGGUCAAGACACAGAUGGUAACGCGGAUGUGGUAACCUUAGUCGUUAACCUGGAAGAUGUAAACGAUUGUUCGCCUGUGUUUGCAGGCGAAGUUGGCGGAGAGGUGAUGCUUCGAGUGGAAGAGCCGUUUUUAGUAGCAGGAGUUCCAGUCGUUAAGCUUGACGUCUAUGAUAAGGACGCCGGGGACAGAUUGACCUACGAACUUUCAGAUGAAGGGGAAAGGAUAUUUACUAUCGACGAUGAGGGGCAGCUCAUACCAACAAGGUCCGUUAAUGAUAUCACGGAGCCUCUGUCGUUUACUGUGACAGUGCGUGACUCAGCAAGCCCUCCGCACGUGACCUCGUCACGCGUCACGCUAAAUUUUGAGAAACUUGGCGAAGCGUUGCCAGUCGAAAGCAGAGUCCGGGAGGAUGCUUACAUCGGAAUGAUCGUAACUUUUGUGCCAAAGGUAUUUCCGAAAAGCGUCUUUAAAAUCACAUAUCCUAAAGACCCUGCCUUUUCUAUAGAUGAAAUUGGCGACAUCCGGGUUGCUAAACCACUGGAUUUUGAGAAACAAGUUUCGUAUACUCUAACUGUACGAGAAGCUGAGUCAAUUGGCUCAAGCCCAAGAGUGUUUGACAGAGUUGUGGUCAUUUCCGUAAUAGACGUAAACGACAAUGUACCACGCUUCACGGGUAUUACUCGCAUUUACAAGAGAAUUAAUAAGAACUCGUUGAAUGGUUCCCCUGUGGUGUCAUUAAAUGCCUUGGACCUGGACUACGAACGUAACGGGGAGGUAGGGUUUCAAAUCGUACCACGUGACGGCCCUUUUGGGAUCAACCCGGUAGAUGAAAUGAUUGAGACGACUGGAAACCUGAACAAGGAGUCAUAUGAGUUCGAUGUUUAUGCCUUUGAUUACGGGAUCCCUCGGUUAAACAGCACGACUAUACCAAUGGUUGUGCAUGUCGCUGAGGUUCCGCCUAUCUUUGAGGUCCUUGAUAACGACCAUAACAUGUACCGAUUUGAAACGGCGGAAACCUCCCAUGGCGGAGAGCUCAUCGGGACGGUGAAGGCCGUUAGUUACUCCAAAGCACUCAUCGCUUACGAGAUCACGAGUGGGAAUGUUCGCAAUAGCUUUAAGAUCGGAACUCUGACAGGCGAGAUUCGCCAUAACAAUUUUAUGAACUACGAGAUUCACGAAAAUGUGUACAACCUUACAGUGACAGCAUCCGAGUUGAUCCCGAGAGGCCACCAAACCGAGAUUCCAGUGAUUAUACACCUGAAGAACAUUAACGAUAACUACCCCAAGUUUACAAAGUCCUUGUUCACGACCGCCGUUAAUGAGGAUGUUCCGGUGGGAACGUCAAUCCUUCAGGUUACAGCCACAGACUGUGACUGUAGCAAAAGUUGUUUAUGUGCCCCAGGCGAGCUGACCUAUAGUAUAGACAACACUGACAUGUUUGCGAUUUCUCCUGAUACUGGUGUCAUAUCGCCGGCGGUUAGCCUAGACUAUGAAAUGUCCUCCUGGGUGGUUUUAGUCGUCAAAGUUGAAGACAAAGGAGGUAGCCCUAAUAUCAUGCAGAGCUAUGCCAACAUCACCCUGCUGCCAGUCAACGAUAACUCUCCUGUGUUUGCACAAAGUAACUAUGUCUUUCAGAUUUCUGAGACUGCGGAGGUCGGUAACGAGUUGGCGUUUGUUACGGCCACAGACAGAGAUGGCGAUCCCAUUACGUACACGAUAGAGGGUGACAGUGGCCCUUAUAUCAUUGACCCCAGCAGUGGUAUCAUAACUUUGUCGAGAGAAGCGCCCGUCAACGUAUGGGAAUAUAACUUCAAAGUCAAAGCAACAGACGGAAUAUUUACGGCAACGACUGACGUUUUGUUAGACAUAAUCGACCAAAACAAUCACAAACCGCAGUUUACGGACUGCGGGGAGUCGUCAAGAACGGUGAAAGAAAUAGCUGAGAACCUUCCUUCUGGGCAGGUGUUGAUGCAAGUACAAGCCACGGAUGAGGACAGAGGGUUGAACGGCGAGGUGGAGUACGAACUUGUCAUAGGGUUCACGGACUUUAGUAUCGAUAACACUACGGGAGUAAUAAAGACUCGGUACCCACUGGACAGAGAGCGGACAAGCAAACAGUACAUCGUGGUACGAGCAAAGGAUGGGGGUCACAGACGCAACGAACUGUUUCGCAACAUAAACUACUGCUUGAUAAUCGUCAGUGUGGUCGAUGCUAAUGACAAUUAUCCGCUUUUCCACAUCCAUCGCUAUGUUUCCAGUGUGUACCAGAAAGCGCCUGUUGGUCAUAGCUUGGUAAGAGUCAAGGCCAUUGACCUCGAUACGGGGUCUAACGCAAAAGUUGAAUACACUUUUGUAGAACCUUCUGAUAAAUUUGCCAUCGAAAAGACCACUGGAAUAGUUACGGUGAAAACGGACUUGUCAAGUUUCACCGGGUUCGUCACACUUCAAGUACAAUCUUCAAAUCCAGUGCCAAUAACAGUUAGCGUGGGCGAAGAUGACCGAGACCGCCAGACUCUCGUCGUUAUAGAUGUGACCACCGUAGAACCGCCCAUGUUCGAGAGACACCUGUACAACAUCUCCGUACGCGAGAACGCGGCUGUAGGAACAACGAUAGGUCAGAUUCGCGCCGUGUCACAAAACAAUCGCCCGAUCAUGUAUCAACCACUGCACGAGAACCCGAACGCCAAGGAGGAGAUCGGCAUAGAAAUCGACACCGGGAGUAUCGUCACUUCAUCGAAACUUGACUAUGAGUCCGUCAAUAACUACGAGUUACAGUUUGUAGCUGUGGAGUCAAGCACUGACAAAUCCGAAACGUUACUGUUCAGUACGUGCUUUGUAAACGUGACCGUAAUAGACGUUAACGACCACACACCGACCUUCAACAUGGAGACAUACGAAGGUAGAAUAUUCGAGAACUCUCCCGUAGGAACCGGUAUAAUUCGGGUGCACGCUGAAGACCUAGACACCGGUAGGGUGACAUAUUCUCUUCAUCCUAGCAGAGACUACCAGAAAUUUACUAUUGAUACUCAAAGGGGAACCAUUAGAAAUGCAGUAGUGUUUGACAGGGAGGAAGAGAGCCGCUACAGCCUGACAGCUAUCGCUACAGACGCUGGAACCCCACCCUUCUCUACUCAGGUGUUUGUCAAGAUUGAUGUCCUCGAUGCUAACGACCAGCCGCCCUCGUUCCCUGACAAGAACUUGCAGGCUUCGGUCCGAGAGGACGCGCCAAUAGGCAGCUCUGUUUACAAGGCAGUGAUCUUAGACAGCGACAUGGUGUUCGAUACGAGUAUGCAUUUCUUUAUCAGCGGAGGAAACGAGAAGCACAAGUUUAGGGUGGUGACAGUGACGCAGCAGUCCUCAUUCUACGGGCUUGUGGAAGUGAUAGGCAGACUGGACUAUGAAACGCAAAGAGAGUUUAAGCUUCGACUUACUAUUUCAGAUGGCAAGACUAGUGACUUUGGCUUUCUGACCAUUAAGGUCACAGAUGCUAACGAUAACGCCCCGUUAUUCAGCAAGCUCGUGUACGAGGUAUCAUUGCGCGAGGAAUCCCCCGCCGGAACAUCGGUCGUUACCGUCAGCGCUAUAGAUAUAGACUCUCCCCCGGUACAAGAGGCCAUAACAUACUCAAUAGACAAACGUGGGGAGCAGUACUUCCGCAUCUCCUCUUCCACUGGCGAGAUCACGUGCGGGGCCAGCCCACUGGACAGGGAGAAGCUCUUGUAUUACUUCUUUACUGUUUACGCAUCAGACGGCAAAAACCAGGGUCGCGCCGAGGUGAUGGUAACACUGGUCGAUAUCAACGACCAGGCUCCUUUCUUCCCAAAUCCGCCGUACUAUGCAGCGCUGUUCGAGAACCGGGCGAUUGGUACAAACGUGACCGUCAUGCAAGCCAUAGACAACGAUGAUCCUAAUGCCGGGGGGAAUACCAAGAUUAUCUACUCCCUGGAAGAUAACAAUGGCGGGUACGUGACUAUCGACUCGAGCUCGGGCCUCGUGACUUCCAUCAAGAUGGUGGACAGAGAAGCGUUACAGGAAGAUAGCUUUAAGGUGACUGUGCGAGCAACAGACCAAGGCCAGCCGGCACUAAGCGGCACGACCGUGUUGCAAGUAUUCUUUGAAGACGAAAACGACCACAAACCCAAGUUUGUGCGACAGUAUUAUUACGCCUCAGUAUCGGAGUCUACAAGAACAGGCGUGGCUGUUACGAGAGUUGAGGCAACAGAUGAGGAUACGGGGUAUAAUGGAAUGAUGAAUUACUUCAUAGUCCAGGGCAAUGAACCGUACGCCUUUUUUAUCGAGCCGAGGACAGGGAUUGUUCGAGUAUCUGGAAUAUUGGAUUUCGAGUCAAAGAAGAGCUAUGAAUUAAUUGUAAUGGUGAGCGAUAUGGGAAUGCCGCAGUUAUUGGCAGACAAUCUCGCUUAUGUCUUUGUGAACAUUACUGAUGAUAAUACUCAUCCCCCGCGCUUCGCGCAGAAGGUGCACGAGGCGAGCGUACGCGAGGACGUCCCAUAUGGGUAUUCUGUACUCACGAUCAAGGCGACGGAUAUAGAUACAGUAGACAGCUUUCAUCGCUUCCUGAUCUCAAGUGGGGAUGAAGAGAACAUGUUCACCAUCACUGAAAGCGAGUCAGAGAAGAUGACUGCCAUAAUCACCGUGCGAGGGAAGCUUGAUAGGGAACGAAAGAGUUUUUACAACAUGAUCGUUGUCGUUAACGACACGUCCGGACAGUCUGAUGAGUGCAUAGUGAAAAUCACGGUCACAGACGCCAACGAUAAUGGGCCACACUUCCAGCCCUCGUACUUCUCUGGAUUUGUGCGCGAGAAUAUCGAUUCUGAGCAGUUUGUGACGACUAUAAGCGCGACAGACCCGGAUAUGCCCUCAAACGGGCCCCCUUUUACAUUCACCUUGAUAAACACAAAGCAAUCGAGUCAAUUCAGGAUCAAAGAUUCGACUGUGACCUCAAACACCGCGCAGGUGUUCGCGUAUGGAACGUUUGAUCGGGAGCUGACGCCAUUUUACAAGCUGUUGGUAAACGCGUCUGACAGCGGACGCCCAGCCAUGUGGAACUACACUUAUAUCUACGUAGAUGUCUUAGACGUUAACGAGCACGAGCCGAUCGACGGUAAUAACACAAUAAUCGUGAACGCCCUGGACGGAGCGUUUGCAGGAGGAGUCAUCGGACGUCCUUACUACCAAGAUGACGACUACAACGGAGACAUCAACGUUUACAAAAUGACUUCACAGUCCCCUGGUGCGUACCUUGACAUGAACAGCGCGACUGGGGCCAUCACUGCAUCGCAUGGGAUCCCAUUAGGGGAGUACGUGGUGAAAGCAUCAGUCACCGAGUCGGUACCAAGACAGGACAAGGCUCCGAAGACCGUGGAGACCACCACUAGGGUGGUUGUACGCAACGUGAGCACGCAAGCAGUACUGGCCAGCACCACUAUGCGCCUCACUGACAUGCGCAAGCCUGGGCUCUUUGUGCAAGAUUAUUAUUACACGGUGGAACGCUUGUUGGCCGGUAUAUUCGGUGUUCCGCGGGAUCACGUGGUGAUCUUCGGCAUCCAGCAAAACCAGACCACACUUCCAUCAGUGGACAUUCAGCUGGCGAUCAGAGAAAACCAGGGGUUCCUGUCAGUCGAUACUAUCAGCGCUAAAAUCAUGAACAAGAAAACUCAGCUCACUUCUAUUGGUCUUAACGUAGAUACCGUUCGGAUUGACAAGUGUUCAGGCGACAGGACUCUCUCUGGGGUGUGCACGACAGUCACAGAGCCCGCGAGCACUUUCCGUGUAGUGGACGGUGAUUAUGGCCAAGUACCGGCACCAGCGGAAUCACUGACGAUUGUGUCUAUGGACGUCACACAUAGGGCAUCUUACGAGUCGUUGAUUCCUGAGCCAAAGAACUGCUCAUCGAGUAACCCAUGUCUAAAUAAUGGCAUCUGCCACGACAUCUUUCCAUCAGGGGUUCUUUGCGAGUGUGAGCCGAAGUUCCGUGGACCGUAUUGCCAAGAAUCGACAAGGUCUUUUAAGGGUAACUCCUACAUAUGGCUGAAAACAAUGAAAGCAUUUCCCGGAAAUGACUUUGAGUUUGAAUUCAUCACCAAGGAAAGCGAUGGUCUCAUGCUGUACCAAGGACCUCUAACGGACUUACCAGCUGGGGUGCCACGUGACUUCUUGGCCGUUAUGCUAACGAGCGGUUACGUCACGGUGUCCAUUUCUUUGGGCUCCACCCCAGUUUCCUUGAACAUGACACGCGGCCCUACUCUGAAUGACGGCGAAUGGCAUCAUUUGAAGAUCAUUCGAGUGCGCCAGGAAGUGACGGUUACUAUUGACAACUGCGAAAAUGCACCAAUCACUGUGAAGGAGGAUGGCUCCAUGAUCGAGGAUCGCUCCGAUUGCCAGAUAACAGGGACCACAGUCGGCACAGACCUGGUCCUAAAUGGAGUAUGGCCACUACAGGUAGGAGGCGUGUCCAACACAGAGCUCUCCUAUCCAUCCCUAGUCUACACAGGAUUUGUCGGCUGUAUCCGUAACUUGGUUGAUUUCGGCGACAUGUACGACCUGGACAAGCCGCUUGUUCAGGUAAACUCUGCCAAGGGAUGCGAGCUAGCAAUGAGAUGCCCCCCAUGUGGUUCCGACAGCUACUGCGAGCCUCAGAUAAACAGAGCCAGUUACUGUGUUUGCAAUCUUGGGAAGACAGGCUUUGAGUGCAAAGAUUCGACGGAUGGAAACUACUAUUUAUCCAACAGUUAUACGAUGUACACACAUCCUACAUGGGAGACAGUAGCUCCACCGACAUCUAUAUCACCGACGUCGUCGCCAUCACAGUCACCAUCACCUUCGUCCUCGUCAUCGUCGAAUUCGUCAUCGUCAUCAUCAUCUUCAUCAUCGUCUUCGUCAUCAUCGUCAUCAUCUUCAUCGACAUCAUCUUCGUCGUCGUCAUCAUCUUCAUCGUCAUCAUCUUCAUCAUCGUCGUCGUCAUCAUCAUCGUCGUCAUCAUCAUCGUCGUCGUCAUCAUCUUCGUCAUCAUCAUCAUCAUCAUCAUCAUCUUGGACGUCGUCUACAUCGAAGUUUACGAACAUGUCCGUGUCAUCAGGUCUUCUUGGUCGUAGAAGACGAAGGCACGCUUUCUACACAGACCAAAGCCACUCGCGCACUCGUAGAGACCUUGUGUCUUCCAGACGACUGAUCAAGGGUGGAUAUUCGUCCAAUAUUGACCUCCGAAUAAAGCUGAACGAGAACACAAAUAAAAGCCAGUGCAUUUUCCUGGCCGUCAACAGUCUUGGCACGGAGUUCAGCUAUGUUGAUGUUAAGGAUCGGAUCGUUCGAUACGCAUUUCGCAUUGGAAACCACCUAAAAAUAAUUCGUAUUCCAAACAGUCAGCUCAAUACAUCCAUGCACCACAACAUCUAUGUCCGUCGUAAGGGGAACAAGGCCAGUCUCCAGCUGGACUUUGCUGGAAAGGCGACCGGAAGUAGCGGAGGGUCCAGUCAGCUGAUGAAUCUCGACGGGGGCGCUAUAUUCUCAGGGGGGCUUCCUAGAGUCACAGCGUUAGAGAUUGUCCAAGCUGUGGUAGAUGCCGAUGGAAAAGCUAUCAUCCACUUUCCUGAUGGCAAGGUAUUAUCAUCUGCGGGUGCGAGAUCACUUCAACGUGGUGUGACACUCAUUAGCAUCGCCGUCAACGGCACCAUCCAGGUAAAGAAGGAUUAUCGGAAGGAAAUACUGCACAAAUAUCGACAAAGUGUGAGGGCGAUUUUCUCCAAACAACAUAGACGUGUCUUGAUCGGCAAUGUCGGUAGCUCGCAAGCCGUUUGGUAUCGAAACAGGACGCUGUUGAGCUCGAGGCGAUGGUCAAAUGGCUCAGCCUUCGGCAGCAGUUCUUCGUCUUCCUCCUCUUCUGGAACACGAUCUGAGUUCGGCGGAUCAGAGUUUUCCAAUAGCAGCCACCAGUCCGUCCGUAGAGGUCAAUACGGCGACGACUUGAAAAGAAAUAUAGAAAGAAUCGUUGUAUCACAGGGGCCAAACAGCACUAAGGCAAAGUCUGACUUUGAGGGGUGUGUUUCUGAUCACCGGUAUAAUGGGUAUCAUAUGGAUAAGGACAGAACGGUGGACAGGUAUCAGUGGCGUGUCAUCAAGGGGUGUCCAUGUGAACCUGGGGGCUGCUUUAACAACGGCACGUGCAUGGCGAACGCAACCAUUCCAACGUGCAAGUGUCCGCCAGGAUAUACCGGCCUCACAUGUAAAUUCAAACCGUUUGACCGCCGUCAAGAUGACGAACCUGAAACGGAACCAUGGAACUUCAUGCCGUUGAUUCUACUCCUACUUGGGCUCCUGAGUCUAGCGCUUUUUCUCGCAUGCAAGAGGAGACCCGAGGAAGCGAAGCCACUCCCAGCGCAGGCAACGAUCCGUGAAUACCAAGAUCCCGAGGCAGACAACAUCGACACGAACUCGUAUGACAUAAGGAAGCUUAUGAAGUACAGCUACAAGCUUUUGGGCGGCGAUGGUGUCAAGCCAGAAGACUUUGCUGACAAGGUAAUGCCGCAGCCAAAGCCGGAGGGAGCAAAUGACAGGGUAAUGCCGCUACCAAAACCCCCAGGUGAGGCAGUGGACGAAGUCGACAUUGGAGUGGGAGUCCACGGCGGACUCACUGGCGACGACAAAAGGGGUGCCAGCGGCGUAGGCAGCUCGGUAUUCCUUAAUGGUGGCCUCAUUCACAUCACCCGCGGUACCGGCACCCCUGGGCGUCAAGUACCUGAUGACGGCAUGGUCAUUGUCACUGAGGGAGAUGGUGGGUCAGGUGUUGACAUGCGAGAGGAGAUGGGAAACAGUGAGAACAUCCGAUAUUAUACGGACAGGGAUCUGGGAGGCCAAGACACGGCUGCCUUCAACAUAUACAAGCUGAUGAAAUACAGGGUGACACCCAAAACAGACCUCACCACAGUACACGUUUCUCACAAGGGAAAUGCAGGGAAAUCGAACCUAGGUUUCCAGGGAUCGACGGAUAACCUCAGCGGACCUUCCACAGAAAUCGACGCACGCUUCCAGAGCCUAACGACGGAUCCAUCUAGCCAAUCGGACGCGGCUGAACCACGUGGUAUACUAAAAAAGCAAAUGAAUGACAAAACUGGAGAAAGUGGCAUGACCGGAGGUAAUCCUGAAGUUCAAAUUGAGCCUACACGCAUCUACACCAGAAGAACAUUAUCAAGUGAUCACGAGAAUCCAAGGUCUAGUGGCGAAAUCACCAGGCCAGUGGCGAGUAGUAUUCACAUCAGAACACUUGGCCGUCAGAACGAUAAGUCUGAACGCAUCCAACCAGUUCAAAUCAGGCCGCUGGGCACCUCGAACCCAGGCUUAGAGGAUGAUCACAGACCAGUCCCAGUCACGGGACACGUGAUUAACGCUGGCCCGUCACGUGCGCAGCACGUGUUUCUUCGAAGGCAGCCCAGCGGGUCGUCACGUGACGAGCUUAUAGUGUACAGAGACGAGGGGCUGGACUCAGAUCUGGAUGACUUGGAGGAUUUGGGAGGGGGAGAUUCCGCCGAAUCACACGACGAUAUUUCGUAUUUCCUGGACACAAUCCCAGAGGACGUAAGACACAGGUUCCGCCACGUGGAGGAUCUAAUGGACAAAAACGAUAAAACGCCAAGAUAGAACACAGAGCUAGUUAAUGACAAGGAUUUUUUUUACAAAAAGAAAGUAGUUGAUAAAAUUGGCAGUAAAGCCACGAUAGAACAAAGAGCUAGUUAGUAGCAAGGAUUUCUUUAUAAAAAAAAGUAGUUGACAAAAUUGGGCGGUAUAAACAUAGCAUUUUUCUCAUUCACCAAAGGAAAGAUCCGGUGCUUCGUGGAGAUCUAAGUUCAACAUGGCGUGGGCGCCUCUUAUUUAAAAAAAAAAAACUUGCAAUAGACUAUCCCGCUCGUGACAAACUCUUAUUCUGGCUUUUUAAAGUUAGUAAAGGGCUAAGGAUCAGGGGCGCUUCGAACGCAAAAGAAAAUAAGCAUUUCACGUUGCAAGGAAGGUUGGUUUGCUCAUGGAAAUUCACUACUGACCGUUGCUAAAGUAAUACAGAUCAUUUUAAGUAAUUAAGUAAUACUCAAACUCGCAUUAAAUGAAUUUACUUAAAUGUCAAA